CCGAGAUCAGCGAUAUACGGAUUAUUGCGCAAUUCCACCAGUGAACUAUUUAUAAUUGAAUGAAGGAGGUUAGGAAUCGCGCAUAACAUGCUGCAGUCACCAACACAUCUCGGAGAUUCCUUGGUUUGCGACCAUGACACGUCUCCAACCCGCGGAUAUUGAAUCCCUUCGGGCCAACGCCGCUCCUCUCCCGCUCACCGCUGCUCCCUUCACUUCCUCUGACCAGUUCAAAUCAUCUUACGCGAGGGUUAAGCCGUUGGCUAAGCCCUUGGAGCAUCACUUCAGCACCGAAAGUCGGGACUUUGCCGGCUCUGCUUUGAAAAAGGGGUCCAGUCCAGCCGGUCCGCGCAAGAUUAUCUCACUCGGGACAGGCCGACCCACCGCAGACUAUUAUCCAUGGGAGUAUAUGUCCCUUCAUGGAGCUACUGCAGGGCUGACGAAGCUUGAUUCCUUCAAUGGUGUGGCACAAUCGGUGGGCACUAUAUCCAAACAAGGGGCAACGUACAACCUCUCGAUCGGGUUGAAUUAUGGUCAUGCGAACGGCUCAGCACACCUCCUCCGAUUCAUUACGGAACAUGUUGAGCUCGUGCAUAACCCCCCUUAUUCAGAUUGGGCAACAUUCCUUUCCUGUGGCGCGACCGCAGCGUUGGAGGUAGCAUUUCGAAUCUUCUGCAACCGGGGAGACACCGUUCUCACGGAGCAAUAUACAUAUCCCGGAACUCUGGAGAGUGCCACCUUGAAUGGGAUCAAAGUCCAAGGUGUUGAGAUGGAUCAGGAUGGCCUGCAACCCGAUGCAUUGGACGCGAUACUCUGCUCCUGGGAUGUUUUAGAAUCUCCAAAACCGCGCGUGCUGUAUACAAUUCCCACCGGUCAGAAUCCGACCGGGUUCAGCCAGCCCCUGGAAAGACGCAGGGCAAUAUACGACGUCGCCGAACGACAUGACCUCAUCAUCAUCGAGGACGAUCCGUACUACUUCCUUCGGAUGGGUCCCUAUCAUGCCGCCAAUGGUAGUAAUAGCCAUUCGACGGAAGAUAAAGUGUCGAACGAGACAUCACAUUUCCAGACCAUCCCCUCAUUUCUCGCCUUAGACACCUCUGGUCGAGUCGUGCGUCUCGAUUCUGCGGCCAAGAUACUCGCACCUGGUCUACGUGCCGGCUGGGUCACUGCAUCAGCUCCAAUUAUUGAGAAGUUUCUCGCUUAUCAAGAAGUGAGCACCGUGUCUGUUAGCGGUCCAUCCCAGCUUAUGCUUUGGCACCUGCUCGACGAAACUUGA